AUGCCCACUGUCACCCACUGGUUCAAGAACGUGGAGCGUCUGAGCCCGGCUAGUCCGCCCGCUGUGGAGCCCAACGUGCUGACUUUGAAAUGGAUCCACCGACCAGGGACAGGACAAGGGGUGGCGUCAGGGCAGGGCCAGGCCGCUCAGGCGAAGGGCUCCAGCGAGCGGUCGGCAAGGUCCAGGCCCCCUGUCCAGUUGGCACCCCUGGCUUGCCAAUGGCGCGUCAAGUAUCUCAACUACAAAGCUGGCAAAAAGCACAUCAAGGCCAUUGUGCGCGCCUUGAAUCGUGCCGCGAACACACCUUCCCAACAACGUCGUCUCGACAACCUGUUUAACGCCCCCGCCACGCUCUUUGCCCCCCGUUCUCCCACUGAUGGCGCCCUCGAUUAUGAAGAACCCGACCCUCUCCAGACCGAAGUGAGCACGCCCCGUCCGGGCCCGGCAGCCAUCAGCGAUGAGCGCUCCGGCCUGGCCCAGACGCCGGCAAGCCGCACCCGCUACGGCAGCUUUGCUGCCAGCGACAAGCACGAUUUUGCCUUGCCUGCGCCCGCCCUGGGCGUCCCCUCGUCCGGCCGCAAGGGUAUCGCCAAGACCCUGGACCGGCUGGGUCUGAGCCUGCACCGGAUCACCUCCGCGCAGGCCAGCGGCGUAGCUGGGCCGGAGCAGACGCCCCGCGGUCGCGUUCACCGUCUGUUCUCCACCGGCGGCUCGACGCUCACCCGCCAGGCUUCCAGCCGGAACGACGCGACGGGUAUGGAAGCUGUGCGCGCCGCCGAGCGCGAAUUCUACGACUUCCUCGAUGAUGAGCUCGACAAGAUUGAGACUUUCUACAAGGAGAAGGAGGACCAGGCGACCGAGCGCUUGGCCGUGCUACGCGCCCAGCUGCACGAGAUGCGCAACCGGCGUACUGCUGAGAUCGCUGAGGCCAAGCGCCGGCGCAAGCAAGGCCGUAGCAACGCCCAGGCUCGUACCGCCGCCGAUGGCACUCCCGUUGAUGCUACUGAUGCUGCCGAGCAGGAGAAAAAGGGAGGAGGGCUCGACUGGAUCGGCCCGAUUAAGGACCGGCUGCUGAUCAAGCCCGGCCCGAACUCUAAGGCUCUGCAGAAGAUGGCUCGUACCCCAGUGAUGGCGGGCCAGGAGCCCCAGGUCCCGAUCCGGGGCCUUGCUGAUUACGUCCGCCGCGCGCCCGGCGACGACGUGCCCUACCGCACGGCCAAGCGCAAGCUGAAGCUGGCCAUGCAGGAGUUCUACCGCAGCCUGGAGCUGCUCAAGUCGUAUGCCCUGCUCAACCGUACCGCCUUCCGCAAGCUGAACAAGAAGUACGACAAGGCGGUCAAUGCGCGCCCUGCGUACCGCUACAUGAACGAGAAGGUAAACAAAAGUUAUUUCGUCACGAGCGAUGUCCUCGAUGGACACCUGCGUGCCGUAGAGGACUUGUAUGCGCGGUACUUCGAGAAGGGGAACCACAAGAUUGCUGCGGGUAAGCUGCGCAAUCUGGGCGUCAAGCGCACGGGUGAUCAGAGCGAUAGCGCGUUCCGUAGCGGCGUAAUGAUCGGCUUGGGCGCGGUCUUUGCCGUCCAGGGGCUGAUUAAUGGCGUGCAGCUGCUGUUUGACGAGGACAGGGAGCUAGUUGAGAAGACGGGCUACCUGCUUCAGUUGUACGGCGGCUACUUCUUGAUAUUGCUGCUGUUCAUCCUCUUUACGCUCGCGUGCAGGACGUGGACGAAGAAUCGGGUCAACUAUCCGUUUAUCUUCGAGUUCGACUCGCGCAACUUUCUGGACUGGAAGCAGCUGGCCGAGUUCCCGUGCUUCUUCUUUGCGCUGUUCGGCAUCGUUAUGUGGCUUAACUUUUCGCGGUUCGGCGACUGGGAGGAUAUGUAUCUUUAUUAUCCGGUCGUGCUGAUCUGCAUCAGCUUAGCUAUCCUGUUCUUGCCGGCGCCGAUUUUGCACCACAAGGCCAGGCGCUGGUUCUUGUACUCCCAUUGGCGGUUACUCUGGUCGGGAUACUAUCCAGUCGAAUUUCGCGAUUUCUUCCUCGGCGAUAUUUGGUGUUCGCUGACGUAUGCUACGAGUAACGUCGAGCUGUUCUUUUGUCUGUACGCCAAUUCUUUUGAAAAUCCAGCGCAGUGCAAUUCGUCACACUCGCGACUACUCGGCUUCUUCAGCGCUUUACCGCCCAUCUGGCGUGUUCUGCAGUGUUUGCGCCGUUACUACGACACACGCAAUGUCUUCCCGCACCUGGCCAACUGCGGCAAGUAUGUCAUGACCAUCUUCACUGCCGUCUUCCUCAGCAUCUACCGUAUCGAGAACAACAGCUCGACCCUCAGCCAUUACAUCGCCUUUGCCGCUGUCAACGCCAUCUACUGCUCCAUUUGGGACCUCUUCAUGGAUUUCUCGCUGCUGCAGGCCAACGCUCGCCGUCGGCUGCUCCGCGAUAUUACGGCGCUGCGUCCGGUCUGGAUCUAUUACGCCAUCAUGUUCCUCGACCCGCUGCUGCGUUUCUCUUGGAUCCUGUACGCCAUCUUCACGCACAACACGCAGCACAGCACACUCGUGUCGUUCUGCGUCGCACUGGCCGAGGUCAUCCGCCGUGGCCUGUGGACACUGCUGCGUGUCGAGAACGAACACUGCGGCAAUGUGUCACAGUACAAGGCUGCCCGCGAAACCCCGCUGCCGUACAAGCUGGAACUGGCGUCCAAGUUUGGGUCAGCCCAGGAGGAGGGCGCUGCUGCCCAGCCCGCUGUUACUACACCGUUGGUUACGCCCUCGCCGCCUACCCCGCCGCCGGGCACUGCGCACAGCCAGGCGGCUUUCCCCGGUCAGGCUCAGCCGCUGCAGGGACUGCUGUCGGCCGACGCUGCUGUCCCGCCAACGACAGCAGCGCAUCUUGCUGCCCCGACACUCGAAGAAGGCGGUGCCACGUCCACUGGUGUCGCACAGCAAGCUGGUCUGGGUGUCGCGUUUCGUCGGCAUCGGCGCACGUCAACGGCGGGCAGGCGGUCCAUAUUGCAGGCCAUGGCCGAAGCACACAGGCAGGAUUUCGAGAAGCGCCGGCCUUCCAUUGCAGCUGGCUCGUCGCACUCGCAUGAAGAGCCGCCGGCGAAGCGCGUUGGUGCCGUCGUUGCUGCUGGGGCUUGUACCGGGACGGCGACUGUUGGGGUUGGUGACUACUUGUCGGCUGCGGAGGAGGAGGACGAGGAUGAGGUCGCUGUGGAAGAUGAUGAGGAGGAGAGGGGUCAUGAGGCGGGGUCUAUUACUGAGGGGAUCAAGAGCGAUGAUGAUGAGGAUGAGGACGAGGAGGAUGAUGGUGAGGAGAGCGAGGAGAUGAGAGAGCAUCGGACUAGGAUGCGGAUGAGGAUGGUUGAUGGGGGUGGAGGGAACAUGGAUUGA